UUUUUCUUCACAUUACGACUGCGCUGUUGGAAUACGCGUUUGGGCAACGACGAAAUAGACGAACUUAUAAUAUGUAUAUAUGUUUGUAUUUUCUCCGUACCUUUUGAUAAGCGAUCCUACUCUACGCAUUUCAAAAGAGCGAGAAGUUAGUCAUUUAAUUAGGAAAUCCCUGGAUAUAAAAUGAAACUAACGAAUCUAGUAUAUUACUGACAGCCUAAAUACGGGAAGAAAAAAUAACCCUUGUCUGUGAAUUGAUCAACACGACCUACAGUUGCAAAAAAAUGUCAUCUUAUAAGAGAGCGAGGUGCACGCGAGCGAUGCUCCUUCUGAGCGUGUGCCUCCAGGCCGCUGCCACGCCGCUGCACGUCGUCAUUGCCCCGCAUGGAAGCGUCGGAGGAGCGUACAGAGUGCAGAAUAGUGAUCCCAUGAGAGGUCAUGUUCUCGUCAGGAGAGCGGCGUCCGACGAAGAAGAUAUGGCUCCUCGUGAAUCCCGAGGGCUGCUGACCACCAUCUUCAGGCCGUUCUUUGGCGGCGGCGGUGGCGGAAGCGGCGGCGGCGGCGGCAGAAAUCGUGAGGGCAACGGCGGUAGAGGAGGCUACGGCGGCCGUGAAACGCCAGCGCUGCCCCAACGACCUGCGCGCCCCAUCCUGCCCCCGCGAGCCGUCGGCCCCCCGCCCAACGGAAACCCUCAGCACAUCUUCAUCCCGAUUCACGAUCACAACGUCGUCAAGUUCCCCGGCUUCCCCCAGCCUCCCGCCGCCCCAUCGCCGAAGACGACGGAGGAGGCGGAUCUUGGUCUGGUCUACAACUUCGCCGACCCGAGCGAGUUCUCCGAGCCUCGGCCUGAAGACGUGAUCAAUGAGAGCGCGGAGGGAGGGUACAUCACCCUCUCCCCCGCACCGGUUCACAGGCCGACGCCUCCUAUCAGUCUUGAGCCACCUCCAUACCCCUUCGAUGUGCUGAAGCCCCCGGAAAGCCCACUGCCACCUGCCUUCCGUUUUCCUGACACGCCAAGCACCGGCUUCCUUCCUCCUCCCAACAAUUAUCCGAACUCCAAGAUCCGUUUCCCUGCCCCAGAUUCUAAAGUGCACAGCCAACAGUUCAGUAACACGGCACCCAACAUACACCCGCCUUUCAGCCCACCACGUGCUAAAACACAAAAGAAAGAGUCUGCUGAUGGUGGCCAAAGAUUCACAAACUUUUUCCCAUCAACAAGGAUUCCGCAAAAUGAAGGCAACUCCGUAUCACACGAACCAAAUAAGAAUUUUAAGGACAGCCCACAAGAUUUCCCAUCGGAGGCAAACAUCAACAACUUACCCAUUCCUACCGGAAGCCAGUUUUCCGAGCCACUCCUUCCCAACGAUUCAGGCUCUCUCAUCCCUUUUGGGUUUGGCGAUGAUUUCUUCAUCACUGGCGACGUAUCUGGAACUGGAGGCUUAGCUGGAACAGUCGGCGUAUCUGGUACCAGUGACAUAUCUGGUACCGGUGGCACAGGUAAUAUUAGGGACAUAACUGGUAGUGGUACCAGGUUCGUAUCUGGUACUGGGGGCAUAUCUGAUACCAGAGAUGUAUUUGGUAAUGGGGACCUAGCCGGCACUGCAGGCAAAUUUGAUGAUGGUGCAAGUGAUGUAACUGGUAACUUGCGUGAUAUUGGGGGAACAUCUGGAGCAGUAGACAUAACUGAAAUAAGGGAUGAAUAUGAAUCAAGUGCAGAACAGUUUUCUUUUGUGAACCCACAGCCUAUAAAACCAGAGCCAACAACAUCUACAACAUCACAUCCAACAACACCUCAAGAGAUACAGAAUCCAAUCAGCUACCAGAUUCAGUCAUGGCGGCUGCCUUCACCAAAACCAGCGACAACCCAACUGCCACCAAAGGUAAAAACAGAAAUUGUCCAACUGAGACCUUUCAAACCACAAACAACUGUAUCUUUAACUACCCAACCAGAUUAUGUACCCUCGCAAACUCCUGUAGCAGUUCAGCAAAAUCAAAUUCCAAAACAGCAGUUUUCAAAUCCUGUGAAUCCUUCGCCGUGGCCAACAACACCCUAUCAGGAACAGAAUCCAACACCUGCUCCUCCUCACUGGCUAAAUGAUGGGACGUCUGUCUCUAGAUUCGAGACAACCACGUCACACCAAUCUCCUCAGACACCUUCCGAGACCCCUCAAGUAACUGAGAAUCCUUGGCCAAACUCGGGGCACCACCAGAACUCGCAGCCAGUCCAAGGCAAUUUUCUGGAGGACUCGCACGUGGAGAAGAGAGAAAAUAAGGUUCCCCCUUCAACCAGCACAUUCGAUCCCCUGCCAGCAUUCAGCGCAGAGGACCUGGGACCUUCGGGCUCCACUCCGCUUGGCUUCUUCCCGUAUGAGAAUUCUGACGACUUCUUUAACGAGGUUUUCAAGAACUCAAAUCCAUUUGGGGCGAAGAUCGUCACUGAUGUUACGCCAUCUUCAAACGGAAUCUCCACUCUGGGAACAUUCCAAGAAUCGCAAGUUCAAACGUCACGCACAGGUCUAUCUCCUCAACUCUCUACGAUCAGUAGAUCAGCCUCCACUCCAUCAUUCAAGAGACUCCCAUCAACAAACUCCCCAGCAAGGACUCAGACUUAUCAAAUUUCUAUAAGACCAUCAGUCAACAGUCCAGUCAACACCCCUCACUCAGCAGCCACAUCCUUUUCGCACCAGCAGUUCACGCGGCAGAAUUUCGUGUCUCCGAGUACCUCCUCCUCUCAGCCAGGCACGAACGACCCUUUUACCGCCUUGCUCUCGAACCACCAGCUCUCCUCAACUCCCGAAGACAAAUUCGUGCCAGUGAGGUCCAUUUCCAACGCCGCCCAGCCGUCCUUCAGCGGAUCCUCGACCAGAGUACCCACGCCCUUCCCCUCAUCCUUCCAGUCAGCGAGAGAAGGACCAGGGGGACCGAGCUCGAACUAUCAGGGAGUGUCGAACCUCCUCGCCAACGACGUCCAGAGACACAUCGUUCCUUCGAGUCGAGGGCCGUCGACGACCAACAGCGACCAUCAGCCAAGGACCUUGAUGAGAACAAGUGACCCCUUCAGAGGCUCGACUGACAGCUCCUCCUCCACGCCCACGCCGAGUCCCGAGCCGCUGGACUCCUUCCCUUCGCCUGAGAGUUUGACUGAAGACCAGAGUCGAGCACCGAUAGAGGACAACGCACCCUCAACGUCAACGACCACCACCACAACAAUCAUCUCUCACCCUGACGCCACUGAAGGGAAAGUCGAGGUCCUAGUAUUACCGUACAAGAAAGUGGGAGAGAAACUUCUAGAAAAUACAUCUCCAGAUUCUAGAAAUCCCGACCGUUCGAAUUCCAUUAACUUUGGCGUUCCGUUGAAGCCCGUGGAGGAGGAGGUUUCCGUGUAUCUCGUGAGACAGGAACGCCCAACGCCACCCAGAGGUUUCCCUUCACCCACGCCGCCCACGCCGCCUACGCCGCCCACGACCCAGAGGAGUAGGAGGACGAGGCCGAGGAUUAACGGUGAAAUCCUACAGUCUAAUGAAGAGUCUGUGGCUUUGGGUUCUAUGGACCCCGAGGGCUUCGAGCCUUCGCGGGACUUCGAGAGCAGUACGUCCCUUGACUCCACCUUCGAGUUCGUGGGGCCGGCCACCCUCGUCAGCAGCGGGCAGGGAGAGUUCGAGGCAGACCUGGCACCGGACUCCCUACAGGCUGUGGCUCCUCCGCCCUCUGCAGGAAGCCUAGAAACAGGAAGAAGCCCAGAUCUCCAGCCCGACAAUUCUUGGCCAAAUCACCUGCUUACGAACCAAACAAGCAGAGACGUCGCUAUUUUCACCUACUCGGAACUUCACUCACCAGCUAACGACUCCUAUUUCUACGACCAGCACCGACCAGACGACAGGUACGUGUGCGCAGCUGAAGUCAGGGAAGUGAGACCUGCCUGGGGCCGCGCGGACGACGGGAGCCUCCUGAAGAUUGUGAACACGAAGGCCUUUCCUCAGAAGAUCCGGAUGGAAGUCUGCAGGCGCGCGGGUGAGCCCUGCACCUUCCUGGCGAAGGCCGUGCGGUCGUCGUGUCGGCAGCGCUACAGCAUCCACAAGAUGGCAGCCGUGGACCCCCGCGACCCCGUCGGCGGAGUCUUCCUGGCGGCGUUCAAGGUGCCGUCGGGAUGCUUCUGUCACGUCCGCCAAGGCUCCUCUCUUUUUAGCGGGUCUUCCGAAAACACUCCUGAAGACUCUCCUAGCGCCAGCCCGCUCGUUCAAGGACUUCCUUCCGAUUUACAAGGACUUGAUGACACCUUUUCAUCACAGGACGAGAAGGAGAGUGACCAGGUCGAGAAUGUCACCUUCAUGACACCUGAAAGCUUCCAGUUCUCGGGACAACCAUCGUCAUCAUCCGGUCAAAAUGCCCAAAAUACUCCAGUCGGGAAUCUAAAUGGUGAAGAGAGUCACCUGCAGACCCGAUUUAGUACAACAAAUGAACAGAUUCAGAACUUGCCUUCCGUAACUCAGAGCCAAACUUUCUCUAGUACAAUAUCUCAGAAUUCUGAAGGUCUCUCAGUUUCUAGCUCUCAGAAUUCUGCAGAUGACUUUGUAACUAGCUUUCCAAAUUCCUUCGACAACUUUGUAUCUAGCACUCAAAAUUCCCCAGACACCUUCGAGUCUAGCGUACCCUUUACCACACUAAGUCCACCUACAUCAAGUUUUAACCCACAUCCAGUAACCUCCAUUGCACCUAAUCCAACUCUCCCUCCAAACCAGGUGAUCAGCACUUUUGAACAAGAUUUCACACAUAUCGACAAUGAAGUUGGUUCACCUGCUAUACCUAUCACAAGUGAAACAGAUAAAAAUGUAGUGUUUAAACCUGUUAUCAUUGAAUCAGAUGGAACCCGUUUUGACCCCUUUGAUUCUAUUCAACAAUCGGCAUCAGAACUAACACUGUCUGGUGACGAAUCGAAACUUCACACUGUCUCAGAUACAUUCAUCACGACUCCCUUUGACCUUUCACCUCUGCGCCAAAAUCCGACAGAUGGAAACUACAUUCUGUCACUGCGUCGGGUGAUGGACGAUGGCACUGAGCAGCCCUUAGACGUUGUUAUCAGUGUAGACGGUCGGCUGAUGGGUGCUGUGAACCCCCCUCCCCAAGCACCGUCACCGAUAACACUCCAGAAUCUCUCAAAAGACCAGUCUCUCAACUUGGGUUUGCUCUUCAAUGAGCUCGACCAACAAACGGAUGUGCUCAGAGAUAAACGUCAUAUGCAUCACAUGAAUGAUCCUAACUCAACUGUUAGUCUGUCUACCGUACUUCAAAAUUUAACUGAAUCUCUAGGCAAUACCACUGUUCUCAAAAAUGGAGGAAACAUAAAAGUGCGACCAUAUGUUACCACACAUAAUGUGAAUGGCACCAAACAUAACAGAACUUUAGCCUUAAGCGCAAAGCAAAUAGCGGGUAAUUCGCCAUCAUCAGCUCCGAGUUCAGAAAAUGGUGGUACUCCCUUUUUGUCUCCUCCUUCAACUGUCUCACCUUCCGUUCCGCAUAGCUCUGAAUCUCCAACUGGUUCUCUUCAGUCUCUAGCAAAUCUUCUAGACAAAAAUGUUCAAUUAAUACCUUCGACCACUGCCAUAGGGAAUCCACUGUCUUUCUCUCAAAUCCCAUCACUCGCUGGCCUAUCUGGAAUCAAUAGGUCAAGGCCUUUUCCCAUCAAUCUUACACGGAAAAGAAAACAGUAUUCUUUAAUACCUAAUUUGCACAUUCAAAAUGAAUCAUUUCCUUUGGAGAACAUCACUCUCUCCGUGCCUGAGAUCCUCAGAAUGAUGAGGUCAGGUCAAAUAAGGUCUAGAAACACAGAGGAAAGAUCCCAGGAAAGUUAUAACUGGCAUCCAGCCUUACUUAGCACACACCUCUAUGCCACUCAGCCUCAGGUCAUUCAGAAUUAUUACAUCCAGGUCCCUGAGGGAAACCAAAGCCCCACUAGAGAGGCAGAGGAUGAAUACUGGCGACCAGAGAUACGUCCAUUGAAUCAAAGAGCCAGAGAGUUACUUGGAGAAGAUAACAGUGUUCAAACUCGUGUGAAUGAGACGGAAAAGCACUCAAAUUUUACUGAAGAACUGCACAGAUACACUCCUCAUUCAGGAUCUCGAGAAAUGACAGAAGCUUUGGCAGAUGGCAAAGAUGGGCUUGAUCUUCAUAUGAAACCCACCCAGCCACCUUCUCUUAUGACGUCCUCGCCGUUACUGCAACACUUGUCCUCAUUCGUCCCCUCUUUUGCAAAGGCUCCUACGAUAUCAUCAUCAGUCAAAGUACCUUCAUCUUCUAUAUCAUCAUCCUCAUCCUUACCAUCAACUUCUAGUAUUGGACAACACCACUCUGGCAACAGAAGCCUUGCCCUCUUUAAAAUCAUGACAUCCGCUCCUGAAGUCACAAUGUCAAGUGAGAGCGAUUUAGAGGCUGCCGAUGAUGCACCUCUGACCACCUCCCGAACUACUCGGGAUACUACCUUUUCCACACCUGAUUAUUUAGCUGACCAAGUUGUUACCCUAAAUCCUGUGAAACGUGAUAACUUUGCUUCUGAUAUUUCUCGACUUGAGCCUAGUGAUAAUGAUAUUGAGAAACAAGUCGCUCCAUUGAAUAAAACGGUGGGACCUCAAUCUGCCUCUAGGGUCGAGAGCAAUAAUUCGUCCUUGAAGAUCAUUACUUCUAGUCUCAAGUUACUUUUGCAUAAUAAUUCAUCCGAAUUCGAAGGGAUCAGCAACAAAAAUAACAUGGACAAGAAAGAGUCAGGAAAGAUAUUGGAAGCAAUAUCAAGACCACAAGUAAGAAGUACACCAUUAUCACAAGGGAACCACGAAAAGGAUCACAAAAUUUCUAUAGCCGAUAUGAACGACCAGGCCUUGCUUCCAGCAGCAAAAAAUACCGAAAAUGAUAUUCCUUCUAACACCAAAACUUCUUUGAAAACAAGAUAAAGCACAAAUAAAGAAACUGAAUUAGGUACAGGUGGUCAGAUGUUACCACCAGCCUGGCCCACAGUAAAUGCACCCUUAACUAAAAUCCCAAGACAUAUGUUAAUAUCGCUGGAUUACCCUGAACUCCUGUUCUCAUCUCAGCGAUUUCCACUUCGAAUUGCAAGAAAUCCGGGCGAAUUCUCAUGAUAAACAUUUAACAUACUCAAUUCAGGAGGAAUGUCUUUCCCCACGGAUCAGCCAAAGUGAAGGCUUAUGGGAUAUUAUUAUGCUAAUGCUAUAUAGGCUGACAUCAGAUCGGUAGUUCAUCGUCUAACAUCUUUGAUUGGAUGUUAAUAAGGUCUUCAUUGGAAUACUGUUUCCGUUUAUAUACUCUGGAAUACUACUGUUCACAGACACAUGCACCAUAUACCAGAAUAUUAAAUAAAUUAAUAAGUGGGUUAAUGAAUCAAAGUCUUUAUAGGGGAAAUUAAGGUGGUGCCAAAUGUUACAUAUUUGCACACUCAUAAUAAGCUAAAAUAGUUGCUCACUUUAGCACAGAUACGUUUAUUAAGUUCACCAUCUGCCUUCUACUGCCUUCUUGUUUAAUUCUUAAGUAGGAAAUGUUUCAGUUAAAUAACCCGUCAACUUUAACAUGGCUUACCUGCAGAGGAUAGCAAAACACAUGAGUGGUGAAGCAUUACAGUUGUCAAUGGUAGGAAUUACAAGAAAUUGAAAUGCAACAUAUUCUGCCUUGGUAAAAUGUCAGAAAGACCCAAUACAGGAAUGAAGUAUAUCACUUAGUACUUAUUUCACGUAAACUGUUUUCGACGUUACUGUUGUAAAAAUAUGAGGCAAGAGGAGAUAAAGGAAGGCAUAAGUUGCUUGUCAUAGGUUGGGAAGGGAAUACGUCAUAUGAAUUAGUUUCUUUUUAAACUAAUUUUAUGGCAUGGUCAUCAGAGCUAAUAUAUUACAUAGUGAAGUGGUGAAUUAGAAGGUGACAAGUGAUAAUAAUAAUAAUAAAAGUAAAGAUGAUAAUAGGUACAGUUAUAAUGGUAACAAAAAAAAACAAUAGUAAGGAAUAACUAAAAAAAUAUAUAUAUAAAAGGAAAGAUACCCGUUCUAUCAAUAUUUUUCCAAAUUAUGAUUUUUUAACACUGAAAGGGUAUGGAUAACAAGAACAACAAAAUUAUAACGUGCAAAACCAAUAAACAGUAAGAAUAAGGAAGGGUAAAAAGUGAAAUUGGUGCUUCCAUAGAGAAUCUCUGACUUGCGAUCAACAGAGAAGAUUACUCGAUAAGCUAGAAAGAAUAGAAACAAAUAGUGAAUUAAGUAAUAAAGUUGUGAUCAAAUCUUGGUUCUGGAACGAAAGCAUUGUGACUUUUUGUCAUCAAAUAAAUGUUUUGUUACGUAAAGUGCAGACCACAGAAAAGGUCUAAUAAUAAAGAUAACAGAUUUAAGAGAAAGUGUUUUGGUGGAGCCAAGGGAUAAAGUAGAACUUACAAACCAGAAUCGAACAUUUUCUAAUCUUAUCGUUUCCGUUUAUUUUGUACAUUUGUUAUUGUAAUAUGUUAAUAAAACUAUGUAAUAAGUAGACAAAUAAAAAGUACCUUCUUUUUAGUU